AGAGUGGGAGAAAACAUGGUAAAGUCUUAUGUACAGUGUCAGACACUGGUUGAUGUUGUUGUUGGUAUGUUGACUGUGUGUGUGUGUAGAUGACGGAGGAGGGGACAGAGUGGUUGAUAGAUCUGUUAACAGACGUUCAGCUGCAGCAGUACUUCCUGCGUGUCCGUGACGAGCUGAACGUGACGCGCCUGUCACACUUUGACUACGUCAAGAAUGAAGACCUGGAGAAGAUCGGCAUGGGGAGGCCAGGACAGAGGAGGCUUUGGGAGGCAGUCAAGAGGAGGAGAGCUCUCUGUAAACGCAAAUCCUGGAUGAGCAAGGUACAGCACACAGUAUUUCCAGGGAAAAGACCUGACUCUGACUCCGACCCACAGCAGCCCCGGGGGGCAUCGCCCACCUUGAUGACUCCAGGCUUAACCCCGUCCAGCGAUGGGCCGUCGUCGGGGGCAGCCCUGACCUGUCUGAUCCGGGAGGCAGAGCUUCAGCUGUGUGAACGACUGGGAGACGGAACCUUUGGAGUCGUCAGGAGAGGAGAGUGGACCGGACCGACUGGACAAGUGCUGUCAGUAGCGGUGAAGUGUCUGAAGGCAGACAGUGUGUUGGACACUGAGGGGUUGGAUGAUUUCAUCAGAGAGGUGAACGCCAUGCACUCCCUCAACCAUCAGAACCUCAUACGGCUCUACGGAGUGGUGCUCACUCACCCCAUGAAGAUGGUGACAGAGCUGGCUCCUCUUGGUUCUCUGUUGGAUCGUCUGAGGAAGCGACAGGGACACAUCCUCAUCUCCUCUCUGUGUGGCUACGCUGUACAGGUGGCGUGUGGCAUGGCAUAUCUAGAACAGAGGCGGUUCCUCCACAGAGACCUGGCUGCAAGGAACGUCCUGCUGUCAACCAAUGAAAUGGUGAAGAUCGGUGACUUUGGCCUGAUGAGGGCGCUGCCGUCACACCAGGAUACAUAUGUGAUGGAGGAGAGUCACAAGGUGCCCUUCGCAUGGUGCGCUCCAGAAUCAUUGAGGAGCAGAAGUUUCUCUCAUGCUUCAGACACCUGGAUGUUUGGAGUCACUCUGUGGGAGAUGUUUACACAUGGACAGGAGCCAUGGCUAGGACUCAAUGGCAGCCAGAUUCUCCAUAAGGUGGAUGUGGAGGGGGAGAGGCUGGUGAAGCCAGAUGACUGUCCCCAGGAUGUUUACAACAUGAUGCUGCAGACCUGGAGCCCUCAGCCUGAUGACAGACCAACAUUCACCGCCCUCAGAGACUUUCUAUUGGAGACCAUGCCUACAGACAUGAAAGCGCUGCAGGACUUUGAGGAACCGGACAAACUCCAGAUCACCAUUAAUGACAUCAUCACCAUCAUCGAGGGCAGAGCAGAGCUCUAUUGGUGGAGAGGUCAGAACAGAAGGACGUUGCGCGUGGGACAGUUUCCUCGCCACGUGGUCACGUCGGUCAGCGGCCUGUCGGCCCAAGACAUCAGCAGACCCCUCACACACUCCUUCAUUCACACUGGACACGGAGACACUGACCCACACAGGAGCUGGGGGCACGCUGACCGCAUAGACAGCUUGUACUUGGGAAACCCCAUGGACCCCCCUGAUGUUAUGGGAAUGGAUCCUUCCACUGCCCGGCCCACCAAACUACCCAACCGCACCAGGAAGCAGCCUCCUCCUCGUCCUCCCCAGCCUGCUGUCUUGAUCCAGAAGCCGUUCUAUGACUCUGUGUUAGAUGAUGAUGAUGAAUAUGAAGGUGCUUCGUUGGGGCUGAAAAAAAUGGGUGUGGCUAUGGGCCUUAAACUCCGCCCGUGGGAGGGGCCAGGUGUAAGGUCGGCCAAAAGCGAGGUCUCUCUCAUCGACUUCACCGAUGACAGCUUUAGCUCGGCCACGUCCUCCCCUCUCACUGAGACAUGCCUACCUGACCAGGACACACUCAAGGACCUUCCUUCCAUCCUAGACUGGCCCCUCCCUCUUCCUGCCUAUGACGAGGUUGCCACGGAAGCUGAGGGCCAAUUGGCAGACAUGGAGGUUCGAUCUAUCACUGGAUUGGCUGAGGGGAUUUUAGCUCCGCCCAGCGCCGAUGCAGAGGGGAGGGGCUUAACACAGUCAGCUGAUCUGUUCCAGGAGCUGCAGAGAGAGGUGAUGGUGAAACUGUGUGUUCCCAUGACAGCCGGCCGUUCCCUCCCCUCCUCCCCCCUCCCCCUCUCCCUGGCCCCCCCGGCCCCUCACAGACAGAUCUACCUUCCUCCCCCCUCCUCCUCUUCUUCCUAUGAGGACAGACCCAUGUUACCUCCACGCUCCCCCAUCCCACCCCUCCGCUCCUCCAAACGCAUUUCCCUAGGUGAGAGGGAUGACACGCCCCCUCAGAUCCCUCCCAGAGACCACGCCUUCUCUCAACCCUCCUCACGCUCCGCCUCCCCCUCUUUAGUUCCUCCCCUCUCUGUCUCCCCUCUCUCCUCCUCCCCCCUUUGUCUCCCACCCCCUCCCCUCUCCGUCUCCCCUCGGCAGAGGACAGGGCUGUAUGGUGUUGUUGGUCCUCUCGGCUCUCUAGUCUCCUCCUCCCCCUCUUCCUCUCCUCCCUCCUCCAUCUAUUCCUCCAGGCUCACUGCUGGCCCUCCUCCCAGCGCUUCAUUGGAUCCCCUUAUUGACAGCUCUCAGAGUUCUGAACGCCCCGCCUACCUGGAGAGAUAUGGAGCUGCCAAAAUGGCCACUGUCCGACCCAUGAUGAAACAGCAACCAGGUGGGGGUGGGGCAAGGCCUAACACCUCUUUCAACAACAACAACCACAGGACUCAACAUUUAACUACAGCUCCUAGCAGGCAACGGGAGAACAGCCUCGUUCAGGUGCAGGGGGCAGUGCAUGGUGUGACAGCAGAGGAGUGUGAAGUGGCUCUGGAGACUCACAGCUGGAACAUCCCUCAGGCAAUAUGCCAACUAAAGGUUGAACAGUUGUUUCGCCUGGGUUUGCGUUCUAGAUCAGAGUGCCAGGAUGUUCUAGAGCGUUGCCAGUGGAACCUAGAACAGGCAAGCAUCCUGCUUCUGGACUCUUAUGGGAAAGUAGGCUGAGACAGACUCCAGGACUACUGACCUAUAACCCCACAGAUCUAAACCUACAGACAGGAAACUACAGACAUUUCCCUGUAAUUACAUACAUUUAACCCUACAGACAGGAAACCACAGACAUUUCCCUGUAAUUACAGACAUUUAACCCUACAGACAGGAAACUACAGACAUUUCCCUGUAAAUACAGACAUUUAACCCUACAGACAGGAAACUACAGACAUUUCCCUGUAAAUACAUACAUUUAACCCUACAGACAGGAAACUACAGACAUUUCCCUGUAAUUACAGACAUUUAACCCUACAGACAGGAAACCACAGACAUUUCCCUGUAAUUACAUACAUUUAACCCUACAGGCAGGAAACUACAGACAGGAAACUACAGACAUUUCCCUGUAAUUACAUACAUUUAAACCUACAGACAGGAAACUACAGGCAUUUCCUUAUAAUUACAGACCUCGAACCUACAACCUGGAAACUACAGACAUGUCCCUGUAAUUACAGACAUUUAACCCUACAGACCUAAACCUACAGACAAGAAACGACAGACAUUUUCCUAUAAUUACAGACUUUUAACUACAUACCCAAACAUACAGACCGGAAACUACAGACAUCUCCCAAUAAUUACAGACCUUUAACCACAGACCUAAACCUACAGACAGGAAACUACAGUCAUUUCCCUAUAAUUACAGACCUAAACCUACAGACAGGAAACUACAGACGUUUUCCUAUAAUUACAGACCUAAACCUACAGACAGGAAACUACAGUCAUUUCCCUAUAAUUACAGACCUAAACCUACAGACAGGAAACUACAGACGUUUUCCUAUAAUUACAGACCUAAACCUACAGACAGGAAACUACAGUCAUUUCCCUAUAAUUACAGACCUAAACCUACAGACAGGAAACUACAGACGUUUUCCUAUAAUUACAGACCAUUAACCACCGAUCUAAACCUACAGACCAGCCCACCUGUGUACUAGAGAACUGGCCAUAGAAAUAUACUUAAUAGAACAGACAUGGCUGAGUCCUACGAAGGGAAACACUGGACAAGCACACAACUGCAUGCUCAGUAGUUAAGUUAUUAUAUAGUUAUAUUAUUUAGUUAUAUACAUAUAUAUAUAUUUGAUUAAUAUCAUUGUUAGUAUUACACAGUCGCUCACAGGGUCAAAUAUGAAGUCUGAAUAUUUAUUGUUUGGAUGUCUAGGGAUUAUUUAUGUUGCUGUAAUGACUUCAGCUCUCAGUGUGUGUGUGUGUGUGUGUGUGUGUGUGUGUGUGUGUGUGUGUGUGUAAAUACCUGCUGUAAAUGCUGUUGUAUGUACUGGUGGUGAUCUGCUGUGAUCAGGGAUAUAAACCACAUUCUACUGUACCUGUAGCACUUUUCAUGACUUCAACACUGAGUCCACAUGUGGUGUCCUGCAGGCAUAUAACGUGUCAUUGGAAAGCAUGAUGAUGUUGUUGUAUUGUAGAUAAUGUACUAUUGUGAUGUUAAUAUUACAUGGAAUACAAGUAUAUAUGUGUUGAUAAGUCCUGUAAACAGUAUAGUGUUUAAUGGUGUGUGACAGACAGAAGAUUUUAAGAUGAUAAGAAUAAUGAUAAUCAUGAAGAUGCUGUGUGUGUGUGUGUGUGUGUGUGUGUGUGGGUGUGGGUGCACGCACACGCAUGCUCGUGUGUGUGAGUGUGUGCAUGUGAAAGAGUGUGUGUGUGUGAAUAGUGAUUAUAAUUACACGCAAUCAUACACCAUAUUACAGACCUAUCCACAGGGAGGUACAGAUACUGCAAGGUGGUGUGUGUGUGUGUGUGUGUGUGUGUGUGUGUGUGUGUGUGUGUGUGUGUGUGUGUGUGUGUGUGCUGGCUCUAGCUGGUAGUGCUAUAAACUGAUGGUAGUAAUAUUGGCUGGAGGACAAAAGAUCUGUAAUACAACACGUCUGAUAUUUUGUAAUAAACUGAUUUUUGGAUCAACUCUGGAUUA